AUGAGUCUUGCAUUACAUGAUCUGCUCAUUUGUUGUCGCCGCCUUGAAAAUGAGAAGGCUGUGGAGCGAAGGAAGGAAAUCGAGAAUUUCAAGCGACUUCUCCGUGAUUCUGAAACAGUUCUCCAGCUGGACCGGAACUCUGAUUCUAAACAAGGGAAGCAACUCAACUGGGAUGCUGUAUUUAGCAUCUUGCAGAAAUAUUUCCAGAAAGAAAUUAAAAACCUGCAGCUGACAAAACCAAAUGCGUCUGCCUCAACCCAAACUACUAGACAGAAAAAGAUGCAAGAAGUUGGAAGUUUGGUCAAAUAUUUCAUCAGAUGUGCUAAUAAAAGAGGACCUAGACUGAAAUGUCAGGAGCUUUUGAUUUAUGUAAUGGAAAUUAUAAGAGAUCCAACAAGCUGUGCUGCUUAUGGCUCUGACUGUAGUAGUAUACUCUUAAAAGAUAUUCUCUCAGUAAGGAAAUACUGGUGUGAGAUAUCCCAGCAGCAGUGGUCAGAGUUGCUCGUCCUGUAUGGCCAAUUAUACCUCAGACCUUCUGGGAAGAUUAAUAGAGUCUUGGCAGCCAGGAUCAUUCACACACUUACGAGGGGGUACUGCUUCCAAACGGAUGGGCUGAGUUCUGAUAUGUUUCUCUUCUUUUCAAAAGCAAUGCAGUGUGCAAGGCAGGAAAAGAAUGCUGCAGGCCUGGAUCAUAUCAUUGGAGCAAUGAAUAUCUUCUGCAAUAAGUUUGCUGCCAACUGUCGCAUGAGGAUUUGUAAAUUAGGGGAGGAAAUUUUGCCUACAGUGCUUUAUAUAUGGACUCAGUAUAGACCAAAGGAUUCCCUGAAGGAAUCAAUAAUUGAGUUAUUUCAUCUCCAAAUUCAUAUUCAUCAUCCAAAGGGUGCAAAAACUCAGGAAGAAGGUGCAUGUGCCUCAACAAAAUGGCAAAGUAUCCUGCAUAACCUGUAUGAUCUGCUGGUGAACGAGAUAAAUCUCAUCAGCAGUAGAGGAAAGUAUUCUUCAGGUUCACGUAACAUUGCUGUGAAGGAAAACUUGAUUGAGUUAAUGGCUGAUAUUUGUCAUCAGGUUUUUACAGAGGAUACCAAAGUUCUGGAAAUUACCCAGUCCUAUGCUGUCUCUCAAAGAGAGUCCAGUGAUGAAACGAUGCCAAGGAAGCGCAAGAGGAUUGAGCUAGGCUGGGAGGUAAUUCGGGACAACCUGCAAAGAUCCCAGAAGGAUUUUGAUGUCAUACCUUGGUUGCAGAUCACAGCUGAGUUAAUAUCAAAGUAUCCCAUGAGUCUCCCUAAUAGUGAGCUACCUCCCUUACUCAGUGUACUUCACCAGUUACUGCCUCAGCAGCGCCGAGGAGAAAGGACCCCACAUGUGCUGAAAUGUCUUACACAGGUAGCUUUGUGUCAAAACCUGAAAACUGAUCUGAAAAGCACCCACAAGUUGGAGCUCCAGAGAACCUGGGCAAAGAUUUGGUCUCUUGCCAUUCGUAGCAUAAGUUUCCAGCAAAUUGAAGUGGAGAGCUUUGGGCUACUUGCAGCUAUGAUUGAGGGAAACCUUGUUGUAACAGAUAAAGAACUCUGGAAGAUAUUUUCAGGAACUGCAUGCAAGCCUUCAAGUUCCGCUGUCCAUUGUUUAUCAUUAGUGAUGUCUGUCUAUUCAGUGCCAGAAAAUUUGGAUGUAGGAAUGGAACAGAAUAAUUGUGAAAGAAAUCUGGAUCUUGUGUUAAAGGAGGCAAUAAUGAAAUGGGUACUGUCCUGCUAUUUGGAGGAGGAAAUGGAGGAAUGUGCAGAGUUGCCUUCUGUGCUUUGCAGUGUGCAACACUUGCAAGGAAAAGAAGAAAAUUUUUCUGAUGUUGAAGAGCUGUAUCUGCAGACAACAUUUGAUGAAAUGGAUAUUUUCACUAAUUUUGCAGUAAAUGCUGAAGGUAAAAAUGUGACUGGUUCAAGACUUGCCAUCAACCAAAAUCUUAGGGAAACACUGGAGCGCUGUCUUUUAGCAGUGUCAGAAAAGCUUUCAAACAGCUACACUCCUAAGUUUAAGGUGGUUACUGCAGAACACCUUGUCCGAUGUGUCAGUCUCUUGACUGGUGUUCUUGGUUGCUAUUGCUACACUGGUAUAUUUAAAGAAGAGGAUGCCUGUAAAUCAGAGUUGUUCCAGAAUGCCAGGAACAGUGCUAGUAAGAUGCUGUCUAAUAUAUUCCUGCGUUUGUUAACAUCAAAAUUUAUGAAUGAUCUUGUAGAUAUUUGCAAAAAUCUGAUGACAUUUACUGGAAAACCAAAUGAACUGGGAGAAGCUGAUCUAAUGGGCAAUGAUCCUGAGGAGAGCAUAAUGGAAGUAGAUAACCAGGUGUCUGAUGAUCUGUUUGGUGAACAUUCAGUAACUGACAUCAGUGAUACAAAUGAAUCUGGUGAGAUGCAAAAUAUAACAG